GGGCCAUCCAUACAAGAAUGACUCAUUAUGUGUCAAUCGCAAACCAAAAAGUUCCCAUUACUGGCAGUACUCCAGAGAUUCUCAAUAAAGUACUGAAAUUUCAGCCAUUUAAAGACUGGAUCCAGACUUUUAACAAACAACCUAAUGAAAUGAACAUUCAUUCAAUCGAAAUACAAAGCACUGACAUUUUCGGAUCCUCAAAGCUUGGGUUUGUCAAGUUCAAAGCCGAUGUUCGUUACAAGGAAACUGGAAAGAAUGCACCAGGAAUUGUAUUUAUGAGAGGCGGGUCGGUGGCCGUAUUGAUUAUUUUAAAAUCUGAAGGCAAAAAUACAGAAGACAAGGUGAUAUUGACGGUCCAGCCACGAAUAGCGGUACCUUCACUUGAAUUCCCAGAAUUACCAGCGGGUAUGCUGGAUGGUUCUGGGCAAUUUUCUGGAGUGGCAGCUAAAGAAAUUGAAGAAGAAACAGGAUUGAUAAUUAAAGACGAUGAACUCAUUGAUUUAACUGAGCUGGCCUAUGGCACUUCAUGGCGAGGAGUAUAUCCUUCUGCUGGCGGGUCAGAUGAAUUUCUGCGGUUGUUUGUUUGCCACAAAACACUAUCACAGUCUGAUAUCAAUGAAUUAGAAGGAAAACUAACUGGUCUCAGAGACCAUGGGGAAAAUAUCACUUUAAAGCUGGUAGAUCUUAAAGAUGCAUGGAAAUGUGCGCCUGACUCCAAGUUAUUAUCUACCUUAGCAUUGUACGAUGCUCUUAAACGGGAAAAUCUUGUUUAAAUAUGUUUUGAUAUUAGUAGUAGAAUUACAUGUCAUGUAUAUAUAUAUUUAAAUAACUAUAUUUAUAUGAUUUUUGGUAUAAUUAAAGAUAGAUACUAUUUUACAUAUUC